AUCAACAUGCGACUCCCUACAAGCAUAACGCGAUCUAUCCGACAACUAUCCACUUUUAGAUCCCCAGCAUCCGGCCUCAGAAUUAACCCUGACCGACUAUCAGAGACAAUACACGAAACAUGUAAAUGGGGCGCUGCGCAUCCAUACUGGAAAAACCCCCGCGAGACAGGAAUGGCUCGUCUCUGUCUAACAGACGACGACGCACGCGUUCGAACGUGGUUCGCGACAGAAGUCCAAAAACUCGGCUGCUCACUGUCUACAGACCAGAUGGGAAACAUGUUCGCACGACAACCCGGGAGUCUAAAAUCAUCAGCCCCAAUGAUUGCCAUGGGAAGCCAUCUGGAUACACAGCCGAGGGGUGGUCGGUAUGAUGGGAUUUUGGGUGUUGUUGCGGCGGUUGAGGUGUUAAGGACCAUGAAGGAGAGUGGAUUUAGGACGCACUAUGAUGUUGGGAUUGUUAAUUGGACAAACGAGGAAGGUGCUCGGUUUCCGAAGUCUAUGUGUUCGUCCGGUGUGUGGGCUGGUGCUAUUCCGAUUCACAAAGCUUGGGACUUGCGCGAUAUUCAUGAUUCGAACGUGACUUUAAAGUCUGAACUAGAAAGACACGGAUACCUAGGAUCUAUCCCCUGCGAUGCGAAGUCUGGAUUCCAGCUCGGAGCGCAUUUCGAACUACACAUUGAACAAGGCCCCAUCCUCCAGAACACAGGACGGUCGAUUGGUAUCGUUCAGGGUGCCCAGGGGUAUAGGUGGCUUACUUUUACCAUCCAAGGACGAGACGCUCAUACGGGGACAACGCCUUUGAAUGCCCGGAAGGAUCCAUUGCUCGCAGCGUCCCGGAUGAUUGCUGUGUCGAACGACAUCGCUAAACGCCACAAUGCACUGGCGUCAACUGGAGUAUUUAAGAUUCCGUCCAACGCCUCUACAAAUACUGUCGCUUCGGAGGUGACUUUCACGCUUGAUAUCCGGCAUAUGCAGGAUGAGGUUGUGCAUGCAGUUCAAGAUGAAUGUCUCAAGUCAUUCGCGGAGAUCGCCUCACAGGACGGCCAAGGCGUAACCUUUGACUGGACACUGGACACAGAUUCCCCCGCAGUUCAGUUCGAUCAGGGCUGCUUGCAGUCCAUUCAAACUGCUGCUGAGAAUCUUGUUGGUCCGGGAAAGUGGAUGGAUAUGACGAGUGGAGCGGGCCAUGAUAGUGUUUAUACGAGUAAGCACUGUCCUACGGCUAUGAUUUUCGUACCGUGUCGGGAUGGGGUCAGUCAUAAUCCGGAGGAGUAUUGUAGUCCGGAGGAUUGUGCUCUGGGUACGCAGGCUUUGCUAGAAUCGGUGGUUCAUUAUGAUCAGACAAAGAAGGAUGCUGAGGGUGGUGCGUAAAAGAUUUACGACAAUGGUUUCGUCGGAUAAAUAAAACUAGCUAUACAGGCCUUAUGGUAUAGUAACAGAGAACAUAAUUGUAAAUGGAAGGACAAUGACUCCAAGCAGC